AGCUGGGUCACUUUGCUGUACAGCAGAAAUUGGCACAACAUUGUAAAUGAACGAAGUUUCAAUAAAUUUUUUUCUUUUUAAGACUCCUGAUUUUUAGUUGGGCUAAAGUAAGAUACAGAAUUAUACCCCCCAGCAUUCCUUGCUAAGUGUGGUUGCAGGUCUAUGUUUUGGUGAAUGAGAUAGAAGCGGAGUUUUAGUGAGUCACUUCUGGGAAGUGUCUUAAAAGGAGGAGGACAUGUUGUUCCAUCUUCACCCGCUGGGUGACUGGAAUGGUUAUUUUAUGGCUGGAACUUGAAAAGCCGUAUUAGAUCAUAUGGCAGCAUAACAAUCUCAGAACAUCAAAAGAGAAGGAAAUGAUCCAUUUCUUGAAAGUCUUCUGAUAAUAAAAAAGAGUCAUAGUAACAUAAUGAGUGAAAAAUGCAAAUCUCAGAUUACAAGUUAGUAUGAAGUUACAAAACGAGCAAAACUAAAAUAACAUACAUUUAAGGCGCAUGUAUGUGCAUGUGCGUGAACACACAUUUGCACGCAUACACAUAUAUGGAUUCCUUAAAGUUCCUUAAAAAUUUUUUUAAGUUUUUAAAACAAAACAAGGGAUUGCUAAAUACCAGGUUCAGGAUAGUUGCUAUCUAUGAGGGUAGGCAGUGGAUAAGGGAGGAACAUUUAGGUAGAUGCAGAUUAUUGGUAACUUUCUACUUGUUGGAUUGAAUGAUAGGUUCAUGGGUAUUCAUUAUGUUCUUGACUAAGUGAAAAGUUUAAAGGCCCAUAGAUGAACCACUGAUGAUUGUGUGUCAUGAACUAAGGAUUGUGAUUAAUUCAAUUCUACGUACUUAAGUUCAAAGAGAAAAUAUACUAGUGAUAGCAAUAUAUGCUUACCAUGUGCCAGGCACUCUUCUAAGCUCCUUGUACAGUCAGAUGACCCAUGGUUGGUUGACUCUGAGGAUGCCAACCAUAUAUUUUAACCCUUUUAAUCCUCCCAGUAAAGAGGUUCUAUGAUUGUUCCCAUUUUAUAGAUGAGAAAAUAAAGGCUCAGAGGGAUUAACAGUAACUCUUUUGAGACCCACAGCAGAGCUGGGAUUUAAUCCAGGCUAGCUGGUUCUAGAGUUCAUGCUCUUAACUACUGCCCUAUAAAAUGUCUAAAUAAAUGAAAGAGAUAAUUAUAUUAGGGCUUAGUCACCUAGGAGAAAUUAUAGCAGAGGCUUUCUGUAACAGUGCUGCAGGAUGAGCCACACGCACAGCUCUUUAAGUAUACUAAAAACCAAUGAAUUGUAAGCUCUAAAUGGGUAAACUUUAUGGUAUAUAAAUUAUAUCUUAAUAAAGCUUUUUUUUAAAAAAAAACCCCCACAAACCACAAAUAAAUGACUUUAGGAUGCAAACUGUGUUCUAAGUGAUUGUUUGCUAUUUUAGCUAUUGCAUAUAUGUCUAUGGGUAAAAGAGACGUAUUCUGCAAACAAAACAAGCAUUACAGUCAGGAGACCACUCACUUUGCAAGAAAAUGAAACAGAAAAUUUUAAUCUACUACUAUGAGCGGGAGAAUUGUUUUUUAAAUCCCCAGCUUCAGGGUUUUUUUUUUUUUGCAUCUGCCAGGAAAUCAAAUGGCUUUCAGCGCCCAGGACAAAUUUCAUAUUGUAAUCAUAACUGUCUCUGUGUGUAUUGAGAAUACACAAAUAAUAAAACAUAGGAAGGAAGGGGUGGAAAGAGCACAUUUGAUUGAAAACACUGAUACCUUUUAAUUGCACAACUUUCUUUCAUGUGCAUAACUUUUAUUUUGCUUUUCCUUUUUAAUCUAAAACUGAUUUUAUAGGAGACGGAGAAAGCACUUCAUUUAGACAGCUUAGCUAUGUUUGCUCUCCGCCUGGGCUGUUUCCUCUAGGGCGUUUGAGUUGUACAGCUCCAAGGCUCCAAGGGGUCAGCAUUGAGGUCAGAAUAGGCAAUGGCUACUUUCCUCAACACUAUUUUUUGGUUUCUGACAAGGCAUUGAAAGGAGAGAUCAACAUGCUGCUCUGAUGCUCAGGGAAUCUGUGUUUUCCUGACCGCUGAAAGAUCCUCUUCACCGGGCCAGUUACCCUCGCAAAUCUGGCCAGAGAUCACAAGACCAGAUGAAAGCCUGGACGGGACCUCAACAGCUCCAUCACCAACACUAGAAAAAGUGCUCAGUCUUGGCUUUCUAAACCAUGGGUCACUUUUAUCCUCUUUCAGCCCUCUCUAAAGCACAUGUGUGAACAUAGGCUGAUACACCCUCACUAAGGCACUUCAUACUUUAAAGAACACAAAGAAAAUGAAAACAAAUCACUUAUUUUAACUAUAGCUUGGAUCAACAUACCAUGUCAUUUUUCACUUCUGUCGUGGACACUUGUACGUGUGCACACACACACAAUUAUGUUUUGACUCUAGUUAUCAAAAGAGAUAAUGGAAUCCAGGCUAUUUCUGUCUACCCAUUAAUUUACCAGUCCUCUUGAUACGAGAUAGGCUGUCACCCCCCCCCCACCCCCGCUUAGCUAAGCCUUCCUGCUGCAGCCACAUGUGGGCAAUAGCUUCCAUCAAGCUUUCUGGUAUUUUGAAUGGCAAGCCACUAAGCCUAGCAGAGCCCUGGCCACUGCCACACAUACCAGUAUAGGCUCCCUGAAUUUCUCCUUCAACUUUCAUGCUCCCUCAGUCUAUAUCGUGAGGCUUAGGAAACUAAACUUAUUUGGUCUUUUUUUUGACCAGUGAGUCAUCUAAGCAAGUCAAUUUAGGUCAAAAAUAAUCACCUGGGAGCUUAAUUUAUUUGGAUUGGCUAUAACACUAGUUAAAGUGGCUUAACUUUAAAUUUGUGUUGUGUUAAUAGAACCUUGAAACAGAUGAAAACCCCCUAACUAUAUAAAGCUUUUUCUUUUGAAUAACGUGUUGUCUUUACUUCUCUUUUUAUACCCUGGCAUCCAGAUUUUUAUCUCUAAGUAUCAUUUCCCACUAAAAGAAACUAGAACUCCUUGGAGAAAUAACUGAUUCCAUGUCUGGGGCAGAAAAUGUACCAGAUGAGCCUGGAAAAAAAUAAUGAAGAGAAGAAAAAGUGGAAAGAGUGUAGAUGAAAUGAGAUUGACGUGCUUUGAAAAUUAUUGAAAUUGGGUGUUGGGUACAACAGAGUUCUUUACAGUAUUCUGUUUUUGUAUACUUUUUAGUUUUUCCAUAAAGUUUUUUAAGGAAAGCUAAAAAUAAUUGCUAUUUGAAAAAAAUUAAACAAUAGCAUACACAUAGUAAAACAACAGUUUUCUUUUAAUACUGCAUAAAGGUAGUCUUUCUACCAGCCAGACCCUCAACUCUCCCUUCCACAGCAAGCACUUAGUAACAAUUUCCUAAGUAUUCUCAAUUGAGUUUCAUGAAUAUAUGUUUUAAAACAUACAGUAUACAAGUAUAUCAUUUAAAAAACCACAAUCGCAGCAUAUUACACACACUGUACUAUGCCUUAUGAAGCUAUUUUAAUGGCUAGUUUUAAUAAAAUGAGUUAUGUCUACACCCAACACUGUUAUAGAUUUUUAUGCUUGUACAUAGCGGGCUUUUGUCAAGCUUUGUUGAUCUAAUCAAGAAAUAAAACAUUUUCACUUUCAUCAAGGUUACUGAAUAAAGAGAAGAAUGGCUAAGACAGGGCUAAACAGGUGGCAGACCCUCAUCUUCUAAGUUUCAAGUUUAAGUUUGGGGCAAUUUGUAACCUUGAAAAGGGCCCUGUUUAAAAAAACCUCUCACAUUCUCUACUACAGACUGGCUCCUAGGAGGUGUAGUUGAGAGGAUCAUCCUCUGCCCAGAGGGUACCGGGGAGAAAACCCUAACCCUUAGGAUGAACUCAGCACAACCUCCUUUCGCCAGGCGUGGGCAGCUGGACAGAGGCUGUAACUGUUUUCCUCUAGAUAUUACCAGCACCUCACACAAGCGCUUUGCUGUCCGACACAAUAAAGGUCUCUGGAAAGUUGGGGUUUAAAGCGGUUAAUGAUUCAGAGAACCCAAAGAGAUGGAUUUAGAGCGAGAUAGCAAGGUGGCCGUUCUACUAAGUUCUAGUAUACAGACUAACUGGGAAUGGAGGGAGGUACAAAAAGCCACAGAAAAUACGCGACACAUCUUCAUGGAGCGUAAAUUUCACUCGAUUAAUCGUAGUUAUAUCAUGGGACAACAAAAUCCAAAACCCACGUGACUUUACAACAUAAAACAGGAAGCCCAGACCUGUCCGCCUCGGCUCGACCGUCUCCGCCCCGCCCGCGGGCGGUGAAACUGGGCGCCUCAGUGACUCUCCUGCGUUGCCCCGGGGCGCGCGGGCGGAAACGCGCAGCGCCGAGAAGGGUCAGCGCGCCCAAGCUAGGGCUGCAUCUCAGCUCCGCUGCGUCCCAGCCGCAGGACCCCAAGAGGCUGCGCUCGGCCGCCGUCCCCUCCCGCCCCGCCCCGGGCCUUAGUGUGACCCGGGACCUCUUGAACUGUGAACUCCCGGCCUAGGCGGCGCUUUCUCGCUCACAGGGGGUGGAGCUUUUUCCGGCCGUAGGCGCGGAGGCCCAAGGGGCUAAGAUGGUGACUCGUGACUCUUCGGCGCCCCGGCACAGCUUUCUGAGGGACUCGUAGGCCCCGACAGCCGCAGGACAUGCCCAGCUCCUUGUCCCACACAGGCAGGAAGUAGUGAGUUCUGACGUUUUGAACUCCGAGGGUCAAAGCUCAACCAGGUUGGCCACAGAACCAAACAAAUGUUGGAGAGAACGCCGAGAGCACAAGAAGGAGGAGCUGGCUCAGGGUCACCACCUCGCGACGUCUAAGUGACGUCGCGGAGCAAGCGCGAAUUCUACCCUUUCGCCUUCAGGCAGCCUCCUCAGUAAAUGGGCCUACCCCUUUAAGCGAAUGAUGGACAGUUAUUUCAGCCUAUCAACGUCCUCAUCAACAUCCAAUCAGAUUUAAACCUCUUUCAGCCGCCGGAGAAGUAAAAGAAGGGGGUCGAAAGAGGGAGCUUUCUCUCUCUCGCGAGAUCGCUGUGAGCCGGCCUCUCAGAAAAAAACGCUAGAACAUAUGGCCCGACUUCCCAAAUAGUAGGUUAAAGGACGGGAUCACAAACCAAUGAAAGGGAUGAGGAGGUGGGAUCUCUGCUUUCACCGCGCAAGAAGUACCGUUACAGGGCAGACUUUUUGUCCAAUCAACGCCUCCAGACUUCGGGUCAGGUGACCGUAGAGUGCGAGGGGCGGAGCUACAGUCUGGCGCGAGGAACCGUUAAGAUGGACAACGAAUGUAACCAAUGAGGUACUCUGACUAGGGCGUUGGGAACCCAAUAACAGUGGUCGGGCGGGCGCCUUCCCGGAGCGCGGGGAGAUGUAAAGACAGACAAAUAGUUUUCCCAAUGAGACUGUAGAAGAGAGGAGCUAAUUGACCAAUGAAGACUGCGGGGCGGGACCCUUUGCCGCGGCGGAGUCCAAGAUGGCGGCGUGCGGUUCCGCUGUGUGAAACGAGCGCGGGGCGGCGGGUUAAUCAGCUCCGCGGAGAAGACCUCCGGCGACCCGCGACAAUGAAGGGAAAAGAGCGCUCCCCAGUCAAGCCCAAACGUUCGCGUGGUGGUGAGGACUCGACUUCCCGCGGGGAGCGGAGCAAGAAGUUGGGGGGCUCUGGUGGCAGCAAUGGGAGCAGCAGCGGAAAGACCGACAGCGGCGGCGGGUCGCGGCGCAGCCUUCAUCUGGACAAGUCCAGCAGCCGAGGUGGUAGCCGCGAGUACGAGACCGGUGGGGGCAGCUCCAGUAGCCGCUUGCAUAGUUACAGCUCCCCAAGCACCAAAAAUUCCUCGGGCGGGGGCGAGUCGCGCAGCAGCUCCCGGGGUGGAGGCGGGGAAUCACGUUCCUCUGGGGCCGCCUCUUCAGCUCCUGGCGGCGGGGACGGCGGGGAAUACAAGACGCUGAAGAUAAGCGAGUUGGGGUCCCAGCUGAGUGACGAGGCGGUGGAGGACGGACUGUUUCAUGAGUUCAAACGCUUCGGUGAUGUAAGUGUCAAAAUCAGCCAUCUCUCGGGUUCUGGCAGCGGGGAUGAGCGAGUAGCCUUUGUGAACUUCCGGCGGCCAGAGGACGCGCGGGCGGCCAAGCAUGCCAGAGGCCGCCUGGUGCUCUAUGACCGGCCCCUGAAGAUAGAAGCUGUGUAUGUGAGCCGGCGCCGCAGCCGCUCCCCUUUAGACAAAGAUUCUUAUCCUCCAUCAGCCAGCGUGGUCGGGUCCUCUGUGGGUGGUCACCGGCACCCCCCUGGGGGAGGUGGUGGAGGCCAGAGAUCACUUUCUCCUGGUGGCGCAGCCUUGGGAUACAGAGACUACCGGUUGCAGCAGUUGGCUCUUGGCCGCCUGCCCCCUCCUCCUCCGCCACCGUUGCCCCGAGAGCUGGAGAGAGAGCGAGACUAUCCAUUCUAUGAGAGAGUGCGGCCAGCCUACAGUCUGGAGCCAAGGGUGGGAGCUGGAGCAGGUGCUGCUCCUUUCAGAGAUGUGGAUGAGAUCUCGCCCGAGGAUGAUCAGCGAGCUAACCGGACGCUUUUCUUGGGCAACCUAGACAUCACUGUGACAGAGAGUGACCUAAGAAGGGCUUUUGACCGUUUUGGAGUCAUCACAGAAGUAGACAUCAAGAGGCCUUCUCGGGGCCAGACCAGCACCUAUGGCUUUCUCAAAUUUGAGAACCUAGACAUGUCUCACCGGGCCAAACUAGCAAUGUCUGGCAAAAUUAUAAUUCGGAAUCCUAUCAAAAUUGGUUAUGGCAAAGCUACACCCACCACUCGCCUCUGGGUAGGUGGCCUGGGUCCUUGGGUGCCUCUUGCUGCCCUGGCAAGGGAAUUUGACCGAUUUGGCACCAUACGUACCAUCGACUACCGCAAAGGUGACAGUUGGGCAUACAUCCAAUACGAAAGCCUGGAUGCAGCUCAUGCCGCCUGGACGCAUAUGCGGGGCUUCCCACUUGGUGGCCCAGAUCGUCGCCUUAGAGUAGACUUUGCUGACACAGAACAUCGUUACCAGCAGCAGUAUCUGCAGCCUCUGCCCUUAACUCAUUAUGAACUGGUGACAGAUGCUUUUGGACAUCGGGCACCUGAUCCUUUGAGGGGUGCUCGGGAUAGGACACCACCCUUACUAUACAGAGAUCGUGAUCGGGACCUUUAUCCUGACUCUGACUGGGUGCCGCCCCCGCCCCCCGUCCGUGAACGCAGCACUCGGACUGCAGCUACUGCUGUGCCUGCUUAUGAGCCACUGGACAGCCUGGAUCGCAGGCGGGACGGCUGGUCGUUGGACCGGGACAGAGGUGAGCGAGAUCUGCCCAGCAGCAGAGACCAGCCUAGGAAGCGAAGGCUGCCUGAGGAGAGUGGGGGACGGCAUCUGGAUAGGUCCCCUGAGAAUGACCGCCCCCGAAAACGUCACUGCGCGCCUUCUCCUGACCGCAGUCCAGAACUGAGCAGUAGCCGGGAUCGCUACAAUAGUGACAACGAUCGAUCUUCCCGUCUUCUCCUCCUGGAAAGGCCCUCUCCAGUCAGAGACAGACGAGGUAGUUUGGAGAAGAGCCAGGGUGACAAGCGAGACCGUAAAAACUCUGCAUCAGCUGAACGGGAUAGGAAGCACCGGACGACAGCUUCCACCGAGGGAAAAAGCCCUCUGAAAAAAGAAGACCGGUCUGAUGGGAGUGCCCCCAGCACCAGCACUGCUUCAUCGAAGCUGAAGUCCCCUUCCCAGAAACAGGAUGGUGGGACAGCCCCUGCAGCAGCAGCCUCUCCCAAACUCUGUUUGGCGUGGCAGGGCAUGCUUCUGUUGAAGAACAGCAACUUUCCUUCCAACAUGCAUCUGCUGCAGGGUGACCUCCAAGUGGCUAGUAGUCUUCUUGUGGAGGGCUCAACGGGAGGCAAAGUGGCCCAGCUCAAGAUCACUCAGCGUCUUCGUUUGGACCAGCCCAAGUUGGAUGAAGUCACUCGCCGCAUCAAAGUAGCAGGGCCCAAUGGUUAUGCUAUUCUUCUGGCUGUGCCUGGAAAUUCUGAUAGCAGGUCCUCUUCUUCCUCGGCCACGUCAGACACUGCCACCUCUACUCAGAGGCCACUUAGGAACCUCGUGUCCUAUUUAAAGCAAAAGCAGGCCGCUGGGGUGAUCAGCCUCCCUGUGGGGGGCAACAAAGACAAGGAAAACACCGGGGUCCUUCACGCCUUCCCACCCUGUGAGUUCUCCCAGCAGUUCCUGGAUUCCCCUGCCAAGGCACUGGCCAAAUCUGAAGAAGAUUACCUGGUCAUGAUCAUUGUCCGUGCAAAACUGGUGAACAACGGAUGAAGAUGUGGAAUUCAAAGCUCUAAUGGACCUUUUUGAAGAGAAGUUGUGGCUUAUGUGGAGUUUACAUGGGCCUCUUGAUGGAAGAAAGCUAAUCUGUUUAGUAUUUGUGCAUUUUACUAAAAUGGCAGCUUAAAGUUGUGUAUCUGCUAUUGUGAUGCCAAUGCCGGUGUUUUAAGUGGAAAAAAAAAUGACCUUGCUUUGUGCUGUGUACACAAGAUUUCUGGAAAAGUAAAGAAAAACCCUUUUUAUGGCUCACACAGCUUAAAAGUAGCUGUCACUCAAACAUGCGCUCACAGUUGAGCUGCUUUUGUUUUAUUCUAAAUAAAUUGUUUCUUUUGAGGAAAAUGUUUUUCUGCCUGGAAGUGAAUUGACGGCAAACCUUUGACCCCUUUGUUUGCAGCUGAGGGGGUUCUUGCUGCUGCUCAGAUCUUGUCUGUCUUGAGCAAGAAGCAGGGAGACCAUCGUGUUGACUAUCACAGUGUGUCGAUUCUGAAGGAUCACUAGUGUUACUGUGACCCCCCUUUGUUUGCAGUGAAGGGGAUCAUUUGCUUCUCAGUCCUCAACUUGAUGAGGAAAUGGUGCUGUUUGCUGGCACACAAGAAGCCGGGGCAAGCACCGUAAGCCUCACCACAGUGCACGAGUCGGGGGCUUUGCUGGUUUGAAGAGCCGGAGUUGCUGAAAUUUAAGUUUUGAUUUAUUUUGUUCACCCAUCACGUUUGGCCUUAGUUUCAUUUUUAAUUUGAAGAAAAGUGUGAAAUUGCUUUAUCUUGCACUUAACAUUUGCACCAAAUUGCCAAAAGAAGGAGAAAUGCUCCGCUUGCUUUUUAAAUGUUAAUGGUGAUGUUAAUAAAGCCUUUCCUGACACAUUUGAGGAGCUCCUCCGUCUCCAGGGGCUUCUCACCCGAGUUAUGCAGUGAUGGGUUUAGUUCUGAAUGGAUGAAGAGUUCCUGAGAGCUAGCGUUUGUAAUUAGAACCGUUACUCGGUAUCUGUGCCUUACUUGACCUGUGGUUCCACAUGCCUUGGAUGUGCAUGCACCGUGACGGUUUCAUAGGUACGAACGUACACUCAGGCCCAGUCACUUCGGUUGGUAGGACAGAUUGUGAGGAGAAAUGGAGGCAUCCUUAAGGAGGAAAAAGUGUUUGCCUUUAGUUCCUGCAUUAUCCUGUACAGGGGCUCCUGAGCUUUGGAGGCUGUUUCCAGGACAGGAGAACAACUCCCCUGUUUGCAGCAGGAGACUUCGGUGCACAGUGACAACGCUGGAGUUCAAGAGGAAGCCAGCAGUGCUGCACCAUUGGCUUCAGACACCAUUGUUGUUUGCCAGUUUUAAACUUAACUAGUUGCAGACGAAGACCACCUUGAAAUGCAGGCUUGUUGGGCUUGUUUUGAAUUUUAACCUCGGAUGGAAGAGCCCUACCUAGUGCUGUCUGUCUCCAUGCGGGAUGAUGAUUACUUAGGCAACAGGUGAUUAUCAACAAAGGAUGCCACGCUUAUACUCUGCAAGGUGGUGUUCCAGUGGCAAACAGCUGUGUAAACUCUUGUAAACAGGAACUACUGACAAUCAAAAACCCAUAGCCGACUUUGGGAUAUGGCUUUAUUAUUCAGCACCUAAAAGAUGAGUUCUAAUUGGCAGACUUCUGGCACUGGCACUUGUCCUCCUGUUUCUAUAGAAACUGGGUUGGAAGUCAGAGCUGCACAAAGGGAAAGGGUAAGUUUCUUUUAAACUCCAUAUUUAUAAACCCGUAUCUUAUUAACUAUGGCUUGGUGUUUGUUUUCACAUAAGGAUAUAUACAUUAGUGAUCUGAAGCUCAAAUACGAACUACUGAUUUUUGCUUAUGUGGAAAUUGACAUCAAGUCAUUAAAUGUAAGAGGAGGGUUUAAAUAUGGAUUUAUUUUUCUUGUGACUCUGACUUCACAUUUCUUGAAGCAGAGAACUCAGUAUAAUAAUUCUCACUUUGGGUUAUAUCUAAUUUGGAGGUGAUAAAAUUGGUUUUUUUCCUUUUAGAUCUUACUCUAUUAUACUUUUCUGGUAAGUGAAAAUUGGAAUAUAAAAUAUGUACAGAGGACGUUUUAAAAGUCUACAUGAUUUAUAAGUCUCUUCCAUGGAGCAAAGUAUGGUUCUUUCUGUCAUAAAACAAUUACUGGGAGUUCCUGCUGUGACACAACAGGAUUGGUGACGUCUCUGCAGUGCCAGGAUGCAGGUUUGAUCCCCAGUCCACCACAGUAAGGAUCUGGCGUUGCUGAAGCUGCGGUGUAGGUCGCAGCUGUGGCUCAGAUCUGAUCCUUGGCCGGGGACCUCCAUGUGUCUUGGGGCAGCCAAAAGGCAAAAAAAAAAAAAAAAAAUUUACUGUACUACUGACCAGUUUUUUAGCUUCUCUUCUCUCUUAGCCAAGCAGGAUGAGGUUGUCUGUUGGGCAUAUACAUGUGUUCUCAUCCAGGCAGACACCCAUUAUUCAUAGAACCUAAGACACCUGCCAGUGGCUGAGUCAUCUUAUUACUGUGGCCUCAGAGGACUCUACUGCAUAGCUGGGCAUUUGGCUUGACAUACUUUAGUCAAGUGAGGUAAACUCUGAUCUACAGGUUGGUGUAUGUAAAUAAUUUAUACUAAACUCUGACUAGCUCUGGGAUAUUGAAGGAAGGCAAUAUUAGCUCUUGUUUUUUAAAACUUACCUAUCAUUUCCUUGGUCCUGACAUUAUUCUGAAGGGACAGACUUCUCUUUUCCUUGCUGAAAGAACAUUGAUGUUGGUUGAGGCCAGCCAAAGAGUGGGACAUCUUUAUUUUGGCCCAAGUCAUCCGUUUUGUAAAAAUGGUAUAAAAGUGAAAGUUGGAAAUUUUUCAAUAGGGAAAGUGAAUUCAUUCUAAAAAUUUCACUUCACAAGUCCCUGGUCUGUUAAUGCCUGAAAGUGGCUUCUCGUUAAAAAUGUAUGCCUCCCUUAAGUACUAAUGUCUGUCCUCUUGGUUUCUGUUUGCUCACUGGAGCUUGAAAGGGGUAAAAAAUCAAUUGAAUUUGUGAUUUUGGGGAAAGUUGACUGGAAAACAGUUUAGUUUUUAUCUGAGUGCUGUUAAGUAUCCAGACAUCUAGUCAUCUAGUGUUUUCUACUCUUUAGUAAGGGGGGCCAACUGGUGGUUUCAGGUCCUAGAACUCCCUGAUUUCCAGGAAAGCCAGGUAAUUGGUCACCUUGUCUUAUUCUCUGCACCCCUGAAACCACGUCACUAGGUUGUUAUUGAUCAUCAUUUUGGAUUGAAGUAGAUUAUAUUUAUUAGUGUCUGUUGAAAUGUACCAGAGAAUAGAUUCUUUUUUUUUUUUUAAUAAAUGUCUUAUUUUUCUUAGUGGCCCUAGGUAAUGCCAGCCUCCCUCUCAUAGAAAUAAAGUAUGAAUUUUAAACUGAUUUAGUUAAAAAGAUGAUUCCAAGGGCUUUUGUUUUUUUUUCAUUUGUGUGUAUAUGUUAGGACCUGUGGGUGAUAAAUGUGACACAUUUAGGUGGUUGUUUGUGGUAAAUGAGUGACCAGAUGAGGCAGAUAUAUAGACAUAAAUCCUCAUGCAAGUUGGUUCUAUUUUAAGAGAAACACUCAAGGUUUUUAAAAAGUAUUGGGCUUUUGUUUUAUAUUGAGGUCUUCAGAGAAACCACUGUCCAAGUAUGCAUUAUUUCUCUCUUAAAAAUUACAUCUAGGAAGUUUUAUUGUGGCUCAGCGGUGAUAGACCUGACUAGUAUCCAUGAGGACGUGGGUUCAAUCCCUGGCUUUACUCAGUGGGUUGAGGAUCUGGUGUUGCUGUGAGCUGUGAUGUAGGUCACAGAUGUGGCUUAGGUCCCAAGUUGCUGUGGCUGUGUCGUAGGCCAGCAGCUGUAGCUCUUAUUUGACCCCUAGCCAGGAAAUUUCCAUAUACUGCAGGUGUGGCCCUAAAAAGCAAAAAAAAAAAAAAAAAAAAAUUACAUCUAAAAUCAAAUGAUACAUAAUGUGUUUUUUUUCUUGUGUGGAAAAAGCUAAUUUUACAAUUAGGCAAGUUUAUUUACUAAGGAGCUAGUUUUUAGUAAGCAUAGCAUCACAUAUGUUAAUAUACCUAGAUUAUUUGAAAAACAAUCACAAAUUAUUUUAGUCCAUUUAAGUAUAAUUGUUGCUUUUAUUAAUUUUAAAUUCUUAGAGAAUCAUUAAAGAAGAAAAGCCAGGAGCCAUGAUCUAAUCAGCAUUGUUAUUUAGUUUUCAGAGUUGGCUCUGUUGAGGACUAGCUUUGUAACUUUAUUUGUUUUGUUGUUAUUGGGGUUUUUUAAGGGUGGGGGGCGCGCUUGCGGCAUUUGGAAGUUCACAGGCCAGGGGUCAAAUUAGAGCUACAGCUUAUGGCCUAUACCUCAGCCACAGCAACACGGGAUCCAAGGCACAUCUGUGAGCUACACCAUAGCUCACAGUAACACCAGAUCCUUAACCCACUGAGCAAGGCCAGGGAUUGAACCCAUAUCCUCAUAGAUACUAGUUGGGUUCUUAACCCACUGAGCCACAGUGGGAACUUCUAGCUUUGUAGCUUUAGACAAUAACUUGGUCUUAAUUUGCUUUUAUUCUUUAGGUAUAAAAUAGGAAUAAUAAUAAUACGUAUCUAUUUUCCUUGCAGGAGUGACAGGAUGCUAAUGAGGUAAUAGGUGGGAAAAUAACUUUAAAAACUUAAAAGUACUGUAAGAUAGAGUUUUAGUACCAGAAAUAGCAUUUUAUGAGCAAUGUAUAUAGAAAAUUCCUUCUUUUACAGUGAUGGUAUGGC